AAUUCAAAUCAAAAUUCAAAAGCUUCAUAGUGUACUCACUCCCUCCUCCCCCUGGUGGCUGCCUGUCAGAACUCCCAAACAAGCCUAAGCUAAAGAGAUUUUGAUUUCUAAUUAACAAAAGAAAGAAAAAAAAGCUUAUUGUCACCUUUCCGUUUCUGAUUUCUGGCCUCUUCCUCUCCUCCACAGAUUUUCUGGUUUUGCUUGUUGAUUUCCCAGCUCUGAAAGUUUGAAGAGAACAUGGUGGCAUCUAAGUCCAAUUAUGAGAAAAUCCGUCAAAAGAGACUGGAAGAAAACAAGAAGAGAAUGGAAGAACUUAACUUGAAAAAGCUCGCUGUUGAUCUCCGCACUACCAGUCCUAAGACUUCUCCGGUGAAGCAGGUGAAACCAAGGCUUCCUCGGUUAUCAACAGAGUUGGUACCAGUAAGGAGGUCCUCUCGUUUCGCAGACAAGUCCCCUGUUAGCUAUAAGGAGGUCGCAUUUGAACCAUUGGAGAGACCCAGGAGGAGCUACAGUUACCAGCGAAGAGAUCUGCUGAAUCGGAUCUAUGCUUCUGAUGAAGUCAGGGCACAUGCAAUUGAUAGAGCUGAACAACUUCAGUCAGGUUUAGAAGCAGAUUUCCCCAGUUUUGUGAAACCCAUGACUCAGUCACAUGUAACUGGAGGAUUUUGGUUGGGUUUGCCAAUUCACUUCUGCAAAGAUCAUCUUCCUUCCCGUGAUGAAUAUAUUACUUUGGUGGAUGAGAAUGGAGAUGGAACUGAAACAAAAUACCUUGCUCUGAAAAAUGGUCUUAGUGCUGGGUGGAGAGGGUUUGCUAUUGAUCAUAAACUGGUUGAUGGAGAUGCAGUGGUGUUCCAGCUAGUUAGCCCUAGGGAAUUUAAGGUUUACAUAAUAAGGGCGUAUGAAUCAGAAGACAAUGAAGAGGAAAAUGACAAAGAAAACGAUGAAGAGCAGGAAAAUGACAAAGAAAACAACGAAGAUGCUGGCCAGGAUGUAGAUGUCACACCCUUGAAUAAAAGAGCCAAACGAACCAGAGCAAGUAAUUACUUCCAACCUUGCAAUACCUCUAUGAUUGGUUUGCAUAAUACUACAUGGCAGGAAAUAGUCUUUGACAACAAGUUUAGACUUGCGCACAGAAGCUAUAUUAGACAAUUGAGUCCUGUUGUUUUGGCUUGAAUUAUCGCGCAUGCCUAAAACGGCAUAUGAUUCCUUGCUUAGCGGGACAAAAAAAUGGUGGGAAAUUUGCUAUGUUGUAUUUUUCUUUAUGUAUAAUUGAUUCUGACAGGAACUCAUUUUGAGAUCUCAUAGCCUUGGAGGUCUAUUGUAUUCUCUUAUUAAUGGUAAGCGUUUUUCCAUUGUCUGCC